CCUUUUACUGUCCUGUAGAGAUGGAAAGACUUUUCCAUUUUACCAUAACCCCCAUUUUAAUAAUAUAUAUAUUAUAUAUAGAUAUAUAUAAAUCUGAAAUAUAUGUCGUCAUUGGGCUGCGACUGAUUCUUUAAUGGCUUUAGAGAAGCCUGUUAACGGGCGACCCCUCCAGGCGAGCGCAGGUUUAUUGCGUCAUCAGACUGCGUCAUUCCCGGAGCCGCCGCCACGCGUGAGCCACAUCUAUGGCUCUUUCCUUCUGCGCGCAGCGUCCGGCGGCCUUUCUUCGCGCUCCCGGCCAGUUUCUUCUCAGCUGGCCGCGACUGUCCUCCAGGGAUCCGCCUUUAGAGGAGACCGUGAUCCGGAUCCCUCGCGCUUGGCAGCUGCGACUCCAAAAAGUCGAGUCCAAAGCGGCGCGAAGGGCCCGGCUGGCGGCGGCCGCUGCCACUCCCAAUACUCGAGCCGGGAAGCUUCUGCUGCGGACCCGGAGAGAGGAUCUGAGCCAAGGCACGGGGUUCGUUGUAGGACGCUGGGAACGGCCGCGCUUGGUCUCGGACGGCUGGAAACAUCGCUUGUCCCGGGGGGAUUAUUUUCAGCUGGAGAGGACGAAGCAGGAACUACCCCAGGCACGGGACAAAGCCAAUUCUUCCUCCUCUUUUCCGGAGUUGGGAGUGGAGCCGCAGGUAGCCGCCGCCUUGCAAGAUGCUUUAGCUAUCUCUGAACCCACCGCCGUUCAAAAGCAAGCCAUUCCUGUCUUGCUAGGUGGGCACAACGCCUUGUGUGCUGCAGAGACGGGCAGCGGUAAGACCCUGGCUUAUCUGUUGCCCUUAAUCCAGCGGCUUCUUCUAGGAGAGAGCCUGUUUGCAAGGCAUGCGUCCAUUGUCUCCCCCCGUGGUAUGAUAGUGCUGCCAUCGCGGGAGUUGGCAGGACAGGUGCGCAGCAUUGCCUCUUACUUGUGCGUGAGGUUGGGCUUGCAAGUGAGAGAGAUUGGUGGAGGCCGGGGCAUGGCUAUGGUCCGUCGGAAGCUGUGUUCCGGACCCACUGACCUUCUGGUGACCACACCAGGCGCUCUGUGCAAGGCUUUGCGAAGGCGGAUGCUGUCCUUGGAGAAAUUGUGUUUCCUUGUGUUGGAUGAAGUGGACACCUUACUGGAUCCCUCAUUUGUGGACCUGGUGGAAGAUAUACUUCAGCAGACUCCUUUUGCAACUAACAGUAAGGAAGUGAAUAAUGACUGGGAUCCAAAAACCCAGCUGGUGGCCAUGGGAGCCACGCUCCCAAAAGGGCUGGGUGAUCUGUUGAGCAAGGUGACCGACCUGAGCAGCUUCAGCAUGCUGACGAGCUAUUAUCUGCACCGCCUCCAGCCUCAUGUUGAACAAAAGUUUGUGCGCCUAAAGGGCAGCGACAAAGUGUCUGAACUGCUGCAGCUCCUCAAAGAUCAGAAUUCAACUUCCGGAGCCGUUUUGAUUUUCUGCAGUGGUGCCAGAACUGUCAACUGGCUUGGUUAUAUCUUAGAUGACCACAAGGUGAAGCACGUUCGCCUCCAGGGACAGAUGCCAGCAGCUAUGAGAGCUGACAUCUUCACUCGUUUUCAGACAGGACAGUUCAACAUCCUAGUAUGCACGGACAUAGCUUCCCGGGGACUGGACACUACGCGGGUGGAGCUAGUGGUCAACUAUGACUUCCCGCCAACCUUGCAUGACUACUUGCAUCGGGUGGGGCGAGUGGGCCGUGUAGGCAGCAAAUUUCCGGGGACUGUGAUCAGCUUUGUCACCCACAAGUGGGACGUGGACCUGGUCAAGAAAAUAGAAAUGGCUGCUCGCAAAAGGGCUCCGCUGCCAGGCAUGGAGGCACCAGUUAAGAAGCCAUAGUUUAAAAGAGAUGUGAGCCCCAGCUGAAGACUUUGGACUUGAAAUAGUAUUUAAAUAAACAUGGAAUUUCAUAGUUCUGAUCAAAGGUGCCGCAUAGCUUUUUGUACUUGAGGAUCUGAAAAAAAACCCUCUAUAGAACCACACUCAAAGAAAGGCAACCCACCCUAAGAAACUUGUUAUAAAUAAAGUUGCAAACAUAAAAA